AUGGAGUCUCUGAAGAACAGUUUUAUCCCAGGCCAGCUGUUGAAUGGCCGCUUUCGAACAGUGGCCCCUCUCAACCAUGGGUCGUUUGGUAUGGUCUUCCUCGCAACCGACAUCAAAACCGGCAACGAUGUUGCAAUCAAAUGCAUGAUGAAGUCGUCUCCGAAUGAGUUAUGGAACCCAUCUUCCACCGAUGGCCGAUUCGAAGAGCUCGACUGUCACCAACGCCUUGCAUACCAUCCCAACAUCGUCAACCUCGUCCACCAUUUCGAAACAGCAACGCAUCUGUAUCUUGUGCUGGAAUACUGUGCGAAUGGUGAUCUCUACGAAGCCAUUAGACUCAACCGUGGUCCACUCGAAACGGAACAUGUUCGCGAUUUCAUGCUGCAACUGGUGAGCGCCGUGGAAUUCAUGCACGCCAACGGCCUGUACCACCGCGACAUCAAGCCAGAGAACAUCUUUCUCACGCAAGAUGGUUCCAUGAAGCUUGGCGACUUGGGUCUUGCAACCCGGGAAGCUUGGUGUUAUGAGUCAUGUGUUGGAAGUGACCGCUACAUGGCCCCUGAACAAUACGAUCCGGCCAAUAACGGAUACUCGCCCGCAAAAGCGGACAUAUGGGCCAUUGGUAUCUGCCUACUAAAUGUUCUUUUCGCUCGGAACCCAUUUGCUACGCCGACCGAAUCCGACAUCCUGUUUGCCGAUUACGUGAGGGAUCGACAAUCCCUCUUCGACAUCUUCCCCAAUAUGUCUCAGGACACCUUUGAGAUCCUAACGAUCAGCAUGGCUCUUGACCCUGAGAAGCGGUCUCUUCUCGGUCUCCGGGAUGCGAUUAUUCGAGCUGUGUCCUUCACGACGGAUGAUGAAGCCUUGGACGAGUUCUGCACUGAUGAGCGUGAGGUUGUGCCUGCAAGUGCCAACAGGGAGCCCCUUCGCACCCCCUCCAUUCAAAGCCCUCAAAUCAACCAAGGCGACUCGUUCCCUUGGGCCAAAGCGCUUCAGUUCAGCCCACCACAGGCUAUUCGGCAGCUUUCUGCCAUCCCCGACACCGAGAGCUAUUCGGAAGACCUGUUCCCGCCCUCGGAAACUGCGGGCACUUCGUGGUUCUCGGUUCAUAACACGCCGUCUAUGGCUUCGGUUCUGGAAUCUGCUUUUGGGGACUCCUAUCGAUCGACCGCCUUGCCGAUGCUUACCAAAUCCGCUCCUCGUUACCCCCCUCCUUCAGACCCAGUCCUUAUUACCGGGUCUCUGCCUAGCCAGGCGGCCAAGCCUGUACCGUCUCUGUCGAUGGUGUUUGGGCGGAAGAACAAGAGCACCGAGCAAAUCUCUAAGAGCUGGAGUGACCUCUGGGAGGAGGAAGAAUCUGAAGGUGAAGAUACUGCUCUGAACCAACGGCGCGAACAGAACUCCCGUAGCUGGAGCCAUGAGAGCGCUUCAGUCGACACGGACAGUUCCGAGACGACAUGUUUGCGAGACACCCAUUCCACUUCGAUUCCUGUUUCCAGCUCUCAGCUUCCGAUUCCGACCACGUCCAAGCAUAUCGAUCCAUUGGACAAGCCGGUGCAGAGCGAGCUUGUCGCUGCUGUCCCUAAGGCCAUCUCAUCGUUUUCCAAGUCUUCUCCAAAAAAGUCCAGCCUGGACAAGUGGGCUGCUUUGGGUGAUAAGAGACGAAACUUCAAACCCUCCCGUCCUUCUUUCGAGUCUAAACGUUUCCCGAACAACAUGGCCUGGCGGAAAGAUUGGGGCCUUGGUUCUUCUGGAUUCGAUUACGGCACCUGGGCUAAGAAGGAAAGCCUUGUUUCCCAAGAUCGCAGACGUCGCCAAUUCUUCAAUAAAGAGUGGCGCCGAGAUUCCUUGGAGACUCCGAAGCCUGUCACUAUUACUAAGCCCGACUAUCAUGGCAGCAUCGACGAGGAUCUCGAUCUUGUGGGAGGUUGGCACGACCUCCAUUUGUAA